CAUCUUCUCUUCUCUUCUCUCAUAUUACUAUCAAACUCUUUCAAUUCAUUUAUUAAUUCUCCAUAUAUAUAUACAUGGCUUCAUCAAAAGUAGUAGUGCUUGUUGUUCCCCUACUUGUGAUGAGCUUUUGCAUGGUGUCAUGUUGGGGUGGUAACUUCAACAAAGACUUUCAGAUAACAUGGGGCGAUGGUCGUGCUAAGAUACUCAACAACGGGAAUCUGUUGACCCUGUCCCUUGACAAAGCCUCUGGCUCUGGUUUCCAGUCCACCAACGAAUAUCUGUUUGGCAAGAUCGACAUGCAACUCAAACUUGUCCCUGGAAAUUCUGCUGGCACGGUCACUGCCUAUUAUCUAUCAUCAAAAGGAGCGACAUGGGAUGAGAUUGACUUUGAGUUCUUGGGGAAUUUGAGUGGCGAUCCUUACAUCCUUCACACCAAUGUCUUCAGCCAAGGCAAGGGUAACAGGGAACAACAAUUCUACCUUUGGUUUGACCCAACCGCAGAUUUUCACACUUAUUCUAUUCUCUGGAAUCCUCAACGCAUUGUAUUCUCUGUGGAUGGAACCCCUAUAAGGGAAUUCAAGAACUUGGAAUCAGCUGGUGUUCCGUUUCCAAAGAACCAACCAAUGAGAAUCUAUUCAAGUCUGUGGAACGCAGAUGAUUGGGCUACAAGGGGUGGACUUGUUAAGACUGACUGGUCGAAAGCUCCAUUCACUGCUUCCUACAGAAACUUCAAUGCCAACAAUGCAUGCAUCUGGAAGAACGGAAGAUCAUCAUGCAAGAGUUCCUCAUCAUGGCUGUCACAGGAGCUUGAUUCAACGGGUUUGCAGAGGCUGAGAUGGGUGCAGAAGAACUACAUGAUUUAUAAUUACUGUACGGACAAGAAGAGGUUCCCUCGAGGAUUUUCUAUCGAAUGCAACCGCUCUUAGAUCAUCAUAUAUAUCAUGUUGCAUGCUCUUAUUAUUAGUAUUCUUUUAUUCUUUUAUAUAGUUCUUUAAUUUGUAUUACGUUAAGUCGUUAAUCGCUGCUACUUGUUGUUCUCUUUUUCUUUUCUUUUUAUAAGAUGUAAAAAAUAUGUAUCACGUGUACAAGUGGGUCUUUAUAUCCAAACUUUAUACUAUUGUACUGUACUACUACUGAUUA